AUGUGCAGUCCGACCAACAAAGGCGCCUUGAAACAGGCAGGGAAGGAAGAUGACGCUGAGGAGUCAUCCAAGACAAUAAAUGGCAACAACCGUGCUGCCGCUGUUUCUUCUUCGGGGCAUCAACGAUCGGGGGUGUCGUCGUCUCGUCGUCACCAUCACAACAACCACAAUCACCACAAAUUCAACCGCUCCGAUACAGCCGUUCAUUUGAUGAGUGCCAUGAUACAGCUCCAUGUGGCCGUGGAGAAAUUGCAGCAAGCAUCUCCAGAAGAUUGCUGGGAUCAAGCCUUUCUGCACCUUGUCACACAAACCAAUCAAGCCUCCAGUCGCGGCAAUAAUAGUAUCCCCAAAUCGGCUCUGCGGGAAAUUCUCAAGAAUCCUCGUGUCAAACCAGUGGUACAAAUGAUCAAGUAUUUGGAAGACUUGUCUGGCGGUGAUGAUGGAACCAUUCGCAAAUCGUCCUUGGACAUGCUCUUGACAGCGGCCAUUCCGACGGUAGCGGGAACUGUGGAUGGGAUGGUCACGCAAAAGAGGGCUCUUUCGCGGGUCGCUCGAGCCAGUCACAAUUUGCAGCAAUAUCUACCAGAUCAUGUACGGGGGGACAUUCAAUUCCAAUCGUCAGCGGCAAGUGACGAAGCAGCAACAUGGACGGAAUUUUGCGAUACACUGGAAGAAGAGCAUUUGUCAAUCUACAACAACAAUAGCAAAAAAGAAGAGCAAACACCCGUCAAGAGACCAGCCAAACACGGGACGGUUGCAUCUCUGGGGGAAGAGAACGUGGCUCCCAAUAAAAACACCAAACACCAGACGACGACUACCGUGAAACCUGCGCCAUCACAAACAGAGGGAACCAAACCAACAGUUCCGGAAGCAUCAAAGGAAGAGCGGUCGCAACCAACAGCUACAACAUCUACAUCGGGCAAUCGCAAUGAAACAGAAUCCAAGGGGAACCAGAACAAAAAUACUGCCGACGAUGUCACUACUCCCGUCCGAAAGAAAGCAACCAAGCUUCCACCCGAGUCUCAACCCAUGCCACAACCUGUACAGACACCACAACCUUUCAAGAAAACUGCCAAAAAGUCACCCAUUCCAGAAGACGUGCCAACGACUCCGGGUUCCAGCAAACAUCGAAGGACCUCUAGUCGGUUUCCUAUUCCACCAUGCAACAACAACCAAUUCACGACCGGCACUUCGCAGGCUUUUACUGCGACUGUCACAUCGCCAGUCAAUGGAAGCUCGCACAACCAAAAGGCCACCAAAUCAGACGACAAAGAAACGUCUCCUAUGUCUUCCUGGGGAUUCGCUCUUCCUCCUGGCUAUGAGAAGAAUGCUACUUCUCCCCGCUACAGUCCUACCAGUGAACCAACACCAACGAAACGACGCAAGGAACGUGCCAAGCCAACUCACCAGUUUGCUGCGUCUCGCAAUCCCCCUCCUAAAUUGAAGCAGCCGGAAACACAGCAUCCCAGCGGAUUGUUUAGUACGACUGCGGAGGCCAAAAAGCAUAGCCACAACCCGUUUUUGAGUGCCGCUACAUUCCAGCAAUCACGACAUUCCAGCGGCAUUUUUGGGGCACCUUCGGAAGCUCGCAAGGAGAAUCCGUUUUUCGGUGCACCCAAACCGACUGUGGCGCAACAGCACGCGCCU